CCUGAAUUAUUGGUGGGUUGCUUAGCUGUUUAGCUCCACAUGAACUAGUUGGGCAGUGGACGACAUUCUCUAAAAUUUUCCCUGAAAAAUCCACCCAACCAUGCAACAAAAGUCAUAUCCAAUGUCCCUACUCUGAAUUAGAGAUGGUGUGACCGCGUACUAUGUCACGGUCCAUGUUUCAUCGGAGUCUACAUUACAUAACAAUGUUUGCUUAAUCUGGUUGUCGUAUUGUUUAAUAGGUUCGAUCGCGAUUUGAGGUGGAGGACGGGAGUCCAGCUCGUGCCGAUCGAAUGCGACAGCGCGAACAACUUCAAGCUGAGGAUGGAGGAUCUGGAAGCCGCCUACGAGAUGGCGAAGCUUAACAACAUUCGAGUCAAGGGACUGCUGCUGACCAACCCAUCCAACCCGCUGGGGACGAUUCUCGACGGCGACACAUUGAGGAACAUCGCCGCCUUCACCAACGAGAACAACAUUCACCUGAUCUGCGACGAGAUCUACUCCGCCACCGUCUUCGGCAAGCCCGACUACGUCAGCAUCGCCGAGAUCGUCGACGAGGACCGGAAGAGCGGCCGCAACGGGCUCAACCUGGACCUGAUCCACAUAGUCUACAGCCUAUCCAAGGACAUGGGCUUCCCGGGCCUGCGGGUGGGGAUAGUCUACUCCUACAACGACGUCGUGAUGAACUGCGCGCGGAAGAUGUCGAGCUUUGGGCUUGUCUCGGCCCAGACCCAGCACAUGAUCGGGUCCAUGCUGUCCGACCAGGAGUUCGUGGAGGAGUUUCUCGGGGCGAACCGGGCCAGGCUGGCGGAGCGGCACGGGGCUUUUACGGGCGGGUUGGGCCGGGUCGGGAUCCGGUGCCUGAGAUCCAGCAACGCUGGGCUUUUCGUGUGGAUGGAUCUGCGGCGGCUGCUGAAGGAGCAGAGCGUGGAGGCGGAGACGGCGCUGUGGCGGGUGAUAAUCAACGAGGUGAAGCUGAAUGUCUCGCCGGGGAGUUCGUUCCACUGCUCGGAGCCGGGUUGGUUCCGGGUCUGCUUCGCGAACAUGGACGACGAGACGAUGGAGGUGGCGCUGGGGAGGAUUAGGGCUUUUGUGGCGAAGCACAAGGAGGCGAUGAAGCCGGCGAGGAAGCUCUGCGCGCAGAGCAGCUUGAAAUUGAGCUUCUCCGGCAGGAUUUACGACGAAUUUAUUAUGUCUCCGAGGUCGCCGAUCCCUCAAUCGCCGCUGGUUCGAGCCAGAACUUAACGAAAAGAUGGGGUUUUGGGGGAAGGCGUGAUGAUAAGUUUUUUUUUCUUUUUACCUAGCUAGUUAAGCUAACUAGAGAGGUUAACAAUGGCGAUGGAGGGAAGUAGAUCAGGUUUAAGUAAGGUAAAUAAUAAAGAGAAAAUCCUGAUUCCUUCAACUGUGCUGAAGAGGGUAAGUUAUGGAUAUAUUCAUAUUUGUAUGUGUUUUUGUUUGUUGAUUCUUUUUCUUUUUUAUCUGUUUUAGUGACCCUAAAACUAGAUGUACAAGAAUCAUAUGUAACCGAUGAAAAAAUUACUACUAUUGAUGUUGUGCUUUCGUACUAAUAUAUCACCUUUCUCAUGGUUGUCUAAUUUACAGGGCCUCCUAUAUAAAAUUAAAAAAAAAAAUUGUAUCUGCAUGUAGAGUGUAAGUAUUAUGGAUGGUCUAUCCUUUUCAUACAAUCCAUUUGUUUUAUUUCACUUCGUAUUUCGCGAUGAAAUCUCUAAUCUAAUCUAAAAUCUAAAUUUAAACCAUAUAUUAUAUGCUUUUGCCACGAAAGCACUUUUGAUCUCUGCCGCGUUUCCAGGCGGGGUACAAAAGUAAUUUUCUCCUCUGGUGCAGCGCAAUUUUGGUUGUGGACUGCACUGCACCCUUUAAUUCAAUCCAGAGAAUGAAUCCCCUCUUUUCUUGCCUGACCCCAUCCACCGUGGCUUUCUUCUCCUUUCAUACCGUUAAUCCAAGUGUAGGUUAAUUUAUAUAUUGAUUUUGAACUUUUCUCUUUUCACAGGUUGUUGGAGUAGCACCACAGGAAAAAAGUGUCAAAUUAAAAGGUCGACUCCAUCAAUUAUUACUUAUUAACAAUUAAAAAAAUUUUACAUUUAUAUUAUGGUACAACUUCAAAUUGUAUAAUAACAUAAAGUUACAACUUUAGUUUGUAUCAUAAAGGAAUUUUAUAAAAAAUAUAAGUAUAACCUAAAGUUGUACCAUAGCGUUAAAGGUAUAAAUUCAAGUUGUAUUAUUAAGGCAAAAACUAAAACAUCAAUGCUUUAAAACAUUGAAAAAAUCAUAUUGUUCGUAAUAACUUUGUAGUUUAUUUAACAUAGUGUUCUAUAAUUAUUAUGUAAGACAAACAUAUAUAUUACAUAUAGCAGUUCAUAAAUAAUGUAUUUUAUGCAAUGAAAUAUAUAGUCACCCUACUUCAAUGUAUGGUAGGAAUUCUCAAUAUUAUUUGUUGAGUAUUUUGACAUUGUAACAAAAUGAUGACUGGGCCUAAAAGAUCAUAUGAAGUAAUAUGUUGCGUAAAGACCGGCUUUUAUUGUUGGAUUUGUGUUUAACGAGUCUCGACAUCUAACCAAUUUAUAAUUUUGGAUUUCAUCUCAAGUCAUUAGGGGUGUCACUACAACAAAAACUAGUUUUUGCAACCAAAACCCUUACAACCAAAUUAAAAUUGGUUGCGAAAAGGCAACUAUAUACCACCAAUUAUAUUUUGGUAACAAAAAUAUUAAUAAAUUGGUCGUCUAUUAAAAUCAAAGUAUUGAUAACCAAAUAAAACUUGAGGAAACCAAAUAAUUUGGUAGCUAAAAGAAUUUUACUAUUUCCAACCAAAUAAUUUUGGUAGCAAAAUCAUCUUUACUUUUCCCAACAAAAUAAUUUGGUUGCAAAUGCAAUAAAAAGUUUCCUGCAACUAAUUAAUUUGGUUGUGAUUGUAUUGAUGUUAAAUAAAAGUUAAGGUACUAU